AUGCGUCUCGUUCAGCGGCCGCUCCUUGGCUUCCUGUGCGGCCCCUGGCUGUGGGUGAGUCUGGCCCAGCCACCCAGCCGUGCCCCCACCAGGCAGAGCCCGCCAUCGCCCAACCUGCGCUUCCGACUGGCCGGCUAUCCCCGUAAGCACAACGAGGGGCGCGUUGAGGUUUUCUACAACCAGGAAUGGGGCACCAUCUGUGAUGACGACUUCACGCUGGCCAACGCCCACAUCCUCUGCCGGCACCUGGGGUUUGUGGCUGCCACAGGCUGGACUCACAGUGCAAAGUAUGGCAAAGGAGUUGGGCGCAUUUGGCUGGACAAUGUGAGCUGCGGUGGCCACGAGAAGAGCAUUGCUGAGUGCCAGUCGCGGGGCUGGGGCAACAGCGACUGCUCCCACGAGGAGGACGCGGGUGUUGUCUGCAAGGACGAGCGCAUCGCCGGCUUCACUGACUCCAAUGUGAUUGAGGCAGAGCAGAACCAGGUGGAGGAGGUGCGUCUGCGCCCAGUGGUGUCCCAGGCCCAGCGUCCGCUGCCCGUCACAGAGGGCAUCGUGGAAGUCCGCCACAAAAGCAGCUGGGCCCAGAUCUGCGACGAGAACUGGGGAAGUCAGGAAAGCCGUGUGAUUUGCGGGAUGCUGGGCUUCCCGGCCGAGAGGAAGGCCAACCGCAACUUCUACAAGCUAUAUUUGCAGCGCCAGCAGCACCAGUUCCGCCUGCACUCGGUCGCUUGUGCCGGGGACGAGGUGCACCUUUCGGCCUGUCCCUUCGAGUUCUACAAGGGCAACGUCACGGGGGCCUGCAAGGGGGGCAUGCCGGCCGUGGUGAGUUGUGUGCCGGGCCCCCUCUUUGCUGGAGGAAAUGCCCAGAAAAAGAGGCGGGGGCAGCAGCCACAGCGACAGCUGUCGGUCCGGCUGAAAGGGGGAGCCAAGACUGGCGAGGGCCGGGUGGAGUUGCUAAAGAAUGGCGAGUGGGGCACCAUCUGUGACGACCGCUGGAACCUGCUGUCAGCCAGUGUGGUCUGCCGUGAGCUGGGCUUUGGCAGUGCCAAGGAAGCCCUGAGGGGAGCACGCAUGGGCCAAGGGAUGGGCCAGAUCCACCUGAGCGAGGUCCAGUGCCUGGGCCCUGAAAGGUCUCUCUGGAGCUGCCCGCACAAGAACAUCACCCAGCAGGACUGCCGGCACUCGGAGGACGCGGCUGUCCGCUGCAAUGUGCCUUACAUGGCCCACGAGACCACGGUUGGCUGGGCAGAGGAGCGGGGGGUGGGGAGAGGGGACAACCACGCCUUGCUCCUUUUUGUACACUAAAACUUUCUGUCACAUCUCUAUUAACCAAUACUUUUGCAUUCUGUUGAGUGUAAAUUGCUUUUAUCAUAUUCAUAAAUUUCCCUCCAAAUUCCAUAAGACUUAAUUGUUGCGACAUAAAUUGCCAAUUUAUAUUAUCAAAUGCUUUCUGCGCGUCCAGGAAUAUUGGUUGUUUAUCAUUAUGUUUUUCAUAAUAUUCUAGUACAUCCAUACUUAUUCUGACAUUAUUUCUAAUUUGUCUCUUAGCUAAAAGCUCAUUUUGAUCUGGGUGGAUGAAUUCAUUUAAAAAGCUUUUUAAUCUUUCACCAAUUAUUGAUGCAAAAUUUUAUAGCCUGCGUUUAGUAAUGAAAUUGGUCUACAAUUUUUUAUUUGGGUUAUGUCCGAA